UGCAGAACAGUGUGUCUGUUAAAUGAAGCAUUCUUGUAAAGCUUUUUGUUUUUAAUUAUUUAUGAGCUUCCUUUUCAAUUCAUGAAUGAGCAUAUAGAGCCACAGCUCCACCUUAGAUAGACUGGGUGCUAGGCUAGGUUUUUGUACUUUUCCAGCCCUGGACUACAUGAUAUCUGCCACCGCAAGCUACAGUCUGCUGUUCUGGUUCUUGGUGCCAGUUUCAUCAGAAACAAAUGGAACCAGAGGGGCACCGCUGGUCCUUCAGUGCCAUCACAACCUCAGCGAAAAGUUUAUUCCUGAGAAAAUCUCCAUAUACUGGCAAAGUAAUUCCAGCGUUCUUCAUGUUUUUUCAAAAGGACAAGAGGAAUUUCUACACCAAAGUGAGUCAUUUAAAAACAGGACUGCAAUUUUCCGCCAUCAACUGGCCUCUGGCAACUUCUCCCUUGUCAUCAAUCCGCUGAUGCUGAAAGACGAUCAGCUCAGCAUCGAAGUUGCUUACAUACCAGAAAGCAGGACGCUGUGCCAAACCACUGUUCAUGUAGCAGCUCGUUUUGAGAUGCCAAAUAUCGUGGUCAACACCAUAGAUAUGAUGGCUAUGUGUGCAACAAAGGGGGGCUUUCCUGAACCAGAGCUAUCAUGGAUCUCCGUGGACCAUGAGGGACAUGAACGUACACUUGAACCACCUGAUGUCCAGACCCUUGAGAUCUACAAGGAAGAUGACGGCACCUACAGAGUUACCAGCACUGCCAACAUCAGAGGAUCACAGGAAGUUAUCUGCAGCAUUUACAACCCAACUUCAAAGGAGACGUUGAGUGGAGAGACUGUUCAGGACAAAACCUACAACAACUGA